AUGCCUCCUGCCAUCAAAAGCAUCGGCGUCGUCGGAGCCGGAAACAUGGGCUCCAUGAUGACCCUCCGCUUCGCUGAGCUCGGCCUCUUAGUCUCGGUCUGGGAUGUAAAAAAGGAGAGUGUCGAUGAAGUGGUGAAGUACGCAAAAGCAGACCAGAGCAUUACAGGCAAAGUCCAAGGCUUUUAUGACAUCAACCAAUUCUCCAAGAGCCUAGAGGGCAAAUCCGAACGGAAACUAUUCAUGUUCUCCAUCACGCAUGGCCAUCCCGCAGACGAGGUACUCCGCAUGCUAAAGCCCGACCUGAAAGAAGGUGAUAUCAUCCUCGAUGGCGGAAAUGAAAAUUACCGCAACACCGAGCGACGCCAGAAAGAGUGUGCUGCCAUCGGUGUCAGCUGGAUCGGAAUGGGCGUUUCAGGUGGAUAUCAGUCUGCGCGCCGUGGACCUAGUCUCUCACCUGGCGGAGAUGCCAAAGCCAUAGAAUGUGUUAUGCCAUUCCUAGAGUCGUAUGCGGCUCAUGAUCCCAAGUCUGGCACUCCGUGCGUGAAGCGCAUGGGUCCCGGUGGAUCGGGACAUUACAUCAAGAUGGUUCAUAAUGGAAUUGAGGGUGGAAUGCUUUCUGUUCUUGCUGAAACAUGGCAAUACAUGCAUGAGGGACUCGGUAUGGACCAUGGCAAGAUCGGAGAUGUGUUCGAGAAAUGGAACGAGUCUGGCGAGCUUCGAGGUAAUUACCUGAUUAAGAUCGGCGCCCACAUUUUACACACACGAAGAACCCCCAAAGGUGAUUACAAGGGCGAGGGAGCUAGUCGUGAUGAUGGAUAUGUGCUUGACGAUGUCCUCGACAAGGUGGUUCAGGACGAUGAUAACACUGAAGGCACCCCACUGUGGUGUCUCAUGGAGUCUGCUUCCCGACAUGUGUCUUGUCCGACAUUAGCAGCUGCCCAUUAUUUGCGAAUCACCAGUGGAAACCGCAUAGAGCGAGCGCGUGUUGCGAAGAAGUUAGAGAUGCCUAUCCCAAAACCCAUCGAGGGAACCCGGCCUCAUACAGAGAUUAUCGAGCACCUACGAAAAGCUGUGUACUGUGCCUUCCUGGCAUCUUUCUGCCAGGGGUUGGAGCUCAUUUCCCGAGCGUCGAUAGACGAAGGCUGGAAUGUCAACUUGGGCGACUGUCUGCAAAUCUGGCGAGCUGGAUGUAUCAUUAAGUCCGAUUACAUCGCGGAUCUACUGCAGCCGCCGCUUGCCACGCAGAAUGAGCUGACGAACACCAAGUUUGUGGAUGCAGUUGCGCAUGAGCUGCGCCAGAACUUCCACAGUCUUAAGCAGGUUGUUAUGGAAGGGACCAAGUUUGAUCAAUAUAUCCCGGCUCUCUCGGCUACUCUAGAAUACCUCAAGUAUGAGGGUGGACUAGGACUGCCGACUAAGUUCAUGGAGGCUCAGAUGGACUACUUCGGUGCACACAACUAUAACAGGCCUGGUAUUCCAGGUGAAGAUCCAGGACCAGUUCACAAGGGUCCUCAUCAUUAUGAGUGGUUGCCGGCUUAG